CCACUUUUUCUUUUCUUUUUCUCUCUUCUUCACAUCAAAUCCGCGACCAGAGAUUUUUCUUUUCUUUGAUUUUUCGUUUCGUUUCAAAUUUGUUCCUCCGGUGAAGAAAAAAAAAAACUUACGUUUCAAUCCGCGCCAAAGCGAUUUUCUUCAUGUCGAUGACAACUGUUAAAGUGAGCAAUGUUUCUCUUGGAGCAACCGAGAGAGAUCUCAAGGAGUUCUUUUCCUUUUCUGGUGAUAUUCUGUACCUUGAGACGCAGAGCGAGACUGACCGGACUAAACUAGCAUAUGUUACUUUCAAGGAUCUGCAAGGAGCUGAAACUGCGGUUCUUCUCUCGGGAGCAACGAUUGUUGAUUCUUCAGUCAUUGUCUCUAUGGCCCCUGAUUACCAACUAUCCCCUGAGGCUUUAGCUUCCUUAGAACCCAAGGACUGCAACAAAUCUCCCAGGGCAGGUGACUCAGUGUUGAGAAAAGCCGAGGAUGUUGUGAGUAGCAUGCUUGCAAAGGGCUUUAUCCUGGGAAAAGAUGCCAUAGCCAAAGCCAAGAGUGUUGAUGAGAAGCACCAGCUAACAUCUACAGCAUCAGCCAAAGUUGCAUCUUUUGAUAAGAAAAUUGGUUUCACUGAUAAGAUCAACACAGGCACAGUCGUUGUGGGAGAAAAAGUCAGGGAAGUUGAUCAGAAGUACCAAGUCUCUGAGAAAACCAAAUCAGCAAUCGCUGCAGCAGAGCAGACAGUGAGCAAUGCAGGUUCAGCUAUAAUGAAGAACCGGUAUGUUCUCACAGGUGCCACGUGGGUCACUGGAGCCUUUAACAAAGUUGCUAAAGCUGCAGAAGAAGUUGGACAAAAGGCUAAAGAGAAAGUUGGUAUGGCUGAGGAAGAGGAUAAGAGGAAAGUGGUUGAUGAGUUUGCUAGAGUUCACUUGUCUGAAUCACCAAAGGCAGCUUCAUCAACGCAAGAAGCCGAACAUGAAUCAAAACUCUCUGAAUCUCCUAAAGCAAAGAAAGAAUCUGAACAUCUUGAGCCACAACCGCAACCACUGCAGCAACAAUCUCCUCCACCUAUGGCUCCAGCUCCGGCUCCUGCUCAACCUUGAGAUAUGCAGACAAGUAAAGACCUUUCUGAUUCUUGUUGUAAGCGGUAAUACUUGGAACUAAUCUCUCUCAGAUUGUUGAAGAUGAAGAUUGAACUUGUUAUUUAGGACGAAGACUUGUGUUCUUGUAACAUUGGAUUCAUGGUCGAUUUGGUAAUUAGACCUGAAACAAAGAAAACAAUUUUGUCCUUAUGGUUUAUCUUAAAGUUAUCUCAAAACUA